CAAGGAUCAGACAUGACUUUAUCCUAUCAAAUAAGGAAGUUGUGGAUACAUAUUGGAAACUUUGGAGUAUUGUUACGCUACCGCGGAUCCUUCUGCUGCAGUGCAUGCUUUCCCUGGUUCUGCUGUACAUGAGGUGCUUCGUUUCUCUAAUGGUAGGAAACAGUCGCGUCUUCCUAGAUUCCAAACAGAUUUCAAUAACCACAAGCCGGAUUCUCUACCAGAAAAAAGUAAAUGCAGAUCUCGUAAAAGGAAGAAAAGAUCCAAAACAAAGUCAUUGAAACAUAGAAAAUCUGUAAACCAAGAAUCAGGUAUGUUAAAAAGCCCCUUACCUGAAAGUAAUUGCGAGGAUACGGAAGAAGAAAUUGCUAGUGGUGAGGAAAUGCAGAAUUAUGGUGGAAAACGACUAAAGAGAACCAAGUGCCAUAGCCUGCCUGGAAAGUUCCUCAAGCUUAAUGAAGGAAUCAGUGUUUGCAAAAGGGCAUAUGAAUCCCUAGCAGUUGCCAAUGCUGUAGAACUCCUAAAGCUUGUGUUUUUGAGCAUAUCAACUGCACCUGAGGUGCCGACUUUGCUGGCAGAGACUCUGCGGCGUUAUUCUGAGCAUGACCUAUUUGCAGCUUUUAAUUACCUCAGACAAAAGAAAUUCAUGGUGGGUGGAAAUGGCAGUCAGCCCUUUGUACUAUCUCAACAAUUUAUGCAGAGUGUUAUAUCUUCUCCUUUUCCAGAUAACACUGGAAAGAGGGCUUCUAAGUUUGCCAGUUGGCUGUGUGAAAGAGAAAAUAGUCUAAUGGAAGAGGAGAUUCAUCUUAAUGCUGAUUUACAGUGUGGUGACAUUUUCCAUUUGUUAGCUUUAGUUUCUUCAGGAGAGCUGAGCAUUUCACCAUGCUUGGCGGAGAAAGGCAUUGGAGAUGUUGAGGAGAAGAGAAACUCUAAAAGAAAAACUUAUGAGGAUGAAAUAUGUAACAGUGAUCACGUUAAGGGGGAAUGUUGCGAUCGCCGUGAGAAAGGUUUUCCUGGUAUAAAUGUAUCCUUAAUCCGUGCAAUAAUUCCGAGAAUUGACUGUGGGGAAGUUUCGUACAAUGGAAAUAUUUGCACACGUGCAUCCCGGGUCCAUGAAAAUGAGCAGUCCAUCUGUACGGCAAUGGGUGUUGGUGGCGAUGGCUCUUUUGUUUCUGCGAAGCUAAAUUCACGAAAUGAUGUUGGCAGUUGUGCUGCAUCAUCAGUGACUGUCAAUGAAUCCCCAUGGAAAGCUGUAGCUAACUAUGCUGAAUAUUUGGUGUCUAAUCUAUCUGAUAAAGAUCGAAUGGGCCCUUUGUAUCCUGAAAUCUUCCAGAAUCUUCAUUCAGAUAUUCUUAAAUCUGGUGACCAGGGGUUGACGAUGCUGGAAAUUUCCAAGGUUGCAGCUAUUAGGGGGGAAAAGAUGGCUGAGCUUGUUGUAGAUGUGCUUCAAGCAUUUGGAUUAGCUAUGAGGGUCAAUGGAUACGAUGAUGUUCAUGUUGUUGAUACUUUGUUCCGUUCGAAGUACUUUUUAUCCUCUGCUGAUGGUCGUUAUCCAAACAUAAAGUCUUCCCCACACAGGAAGCAUCCAAGGAUAAGUAAUGACAAUUAUUUGACAACCUCACAAGAGUGUUGGCAAAAGGAUGUUACUAACAUGGAGUCUGAGGAUGUGCAUAAAGUAACUAUGCUGAAUCUACCGGAAGAGGUUUCUCAACUCUCAGCUGAGCAUCAAUCUCAUGAAGUUAAUGUUACAUUUCAAGCAACUGCGCAGGUCGAAGCUGUUUCUUCAGAAGGGCAGAGAGAAAAUUUCACAUGCACAAUGACUAUGAGUGAUUCGCAUUCAUUUAGACCCAUAUUGCCGUGGAUAAAUGGUGAUGGAACAACUAACCAUAUUGUCUACAAAGGACUUACACGGCGUGUCCUUGGAAUGGUGAUGCAAAAUCCUGGUAUACUAGAGAAUGACCUUAUCCAGCAGAUGAACACAUUGAAUCCUCAGAACUGUAGAAAGCUGUUGGAGUUGAUGGUUCUUGAUAAUCACCUCAUUGUGAAGAAAAUGUACCAAACUACUUCGGCUGGGCCUCCUGGUACAUUAUUGAGCCUAUUCUGUAAGAAUCUCAAGAAAUCGGAGUCGAUAUGUAGAGAGCAUUUCUUUCCAAACCCCAUGAGUACCUCAUUCUUAUAGGAAAUGCUCUUUCCAUGUAUCUCAUUUAGUGUUUCUAAUCAAAAAGAAUCAGGUGUUCAUAUUGGUUCCCGUGCCUUCAUAGUUUAGCAAUUUCUUCAGUCAAUAUCUUUUGUGGCUGUUUAAGUAUGUUGCAUUUAAAAACUUACUGCUUCCAAAAGUUACUGGUCAAGUAACAAUGCCCAAAAGCACAAACCAUGUACUUGUCAAAAUUAGGCAAAAAAAUAUAUGCCAUUUUGUGUCGAACCAAAAGUUGGUUCUCCUUUUGCAACUCUAAAUUCGAAAGUAUC